UAAGAAAAGUCAGGUUACCCCAGCAACUCCUCCACCCUCCAUUGUUUCCCACCUAUGUUUAGUAUUGUUUAUCGUCCUUACCGGUAAAGAGAUUAUAACAAAUCGAAGCCAUUUAUUGUUUAGAUGGACAACCGAGAUUUUGGACUAGUGGCUGGUCUAGUCUACUGAAGAGAAUCUUAUUCCUUUUUCUUCUCUCUCUUUACCUCUCACUUUGUAUACAUAUAUGCAUUCUCUCUCCCUCUCUCCCUCUCUCUCUCUCUCUCUCUCUCUCUCUCUUAACAAGCACAUAUCACAAUUCUAAGCAGCCAUGGACUGGUUCUCAUGGCUAUCAAAAACUGGCAUAGACCCUUCACUUAUCUACGAGUACGGCCUAAUUUUCAACCACAACGAGCUCGAAGAAGAUGACAUAGCCUACUUCAACCACGAAUUCCUCCAGAGCAUGGGAAUCUCCAUAGCCAAGCACCGCCUGGAGAUCCUCAAGCUGGCCCGAAGAGACAGAGGGAACAACCUGCGGUCAAGGCUCUUUGUCGCGAUCAAGCGAACGAAGAGGAGCCUGGCCAAGUGCAUCCAGACGUGGGUUCAUCGUGACCGGGACUCGGCUUUGGUCCUUGUUCCCAAGAGGAGUCAUAGUGCAAGGUGGAAAGGGGCAAUGAUGAAGAGGAACAGCAAGAGAUUGGUUGUGCCUUCUUCUAACCAGGGGAACAGGCUUCUGCUAACAAAUGGAAGUAGUACUCCAAUGGUGCUUUCGGGUCCGAGGUUGAACAGCUUUUCGAGUCCGUUAAUGGUUCGCAGUUAUUACAACGACGACAAGGAGGAGAAGGGGGAGGAGGGGGAGGAGGAUCCGUAUUGGUCGGCCGGAGUCGAGGAGAUCAGGUGGGAUGCCAUGUUUCAGGAUUUGAAGCCUACUUAAAAGAUUUUGUUUUCUGUUUUCUUGUUUUUUGCUGUGAUUUUUGUUACUGGGUUUUAGUUGGAAUGGUGAGAGAUGGUGUUUUCAUGGAUCUUUUACCGGUUUAGACCCAGGAUGCUGCCAAGCACCUCGCUUGGCAGCAGUUUAGACCCCAUCCGGCCAUUUAUUUCGGUAAUUGAUGGUCUAGAUUGUUAUACACUCGAAUUAGAUUCAAGUCGUCUGUGCCAAGAUGAGCGGCUAGAUGGGCCGCUCGGCACCGCUACCAAGUACGGGUGCUUGGCAGCAUCUCCCAUCCCCAGUUUUUUGGUGGUGUGUUUUGAGGACUUGGAAUUAGCUUUUCUCUUUAAUGGUGGGUCAAGGACAAGCUUACUUUAUUCUAUGAUGGAGUCUCCUUAUUAGUGA